GCGACAUUGGAGUUCCUGGUGCAGAAAGUACCAGAAUUGCCCAACCUGGCGCUUACGGCCCUAAAGGCGAAAAAGGCGAUACUGGCUGGCCUGGAUCUAGAGGCAUUGACGGAAGGGCUAGUUAUAUGCCCCCUCAAAAAGGCGAUUCUGGAGAUGACGGCCAAAGAGGUUUGGACGGAAUCAAUGGAAAAGAUGGGCGGGUUGGAGCUCCUGGAAUAAAAGGACUACCUUCAGCCCUAGCUCAACGCGGAGAUCCCGGCGAUAGGGGAGAACCGUCGCCUAUCAAUUUGAUACCUGGACCUAGAGGUGAACCAGGUCAACCUGGAACAAAUGGAGUCAAAGGAAGGAGAGGCGAUAGUGGGCGUUAUGGAAUAGGCGGAAGAAUGGGUUUAGCCGGACAAAAAGGAGCCAGAGGUCCUAAAGGCGAGAACGGAACAGUUUUCAAUUACACCUGCACUGCUGAGGAGCUCAACCGAAAAGGGGAACGUGGAGAAAAAG